UCAGAAUAUAGUCCAAUGAGGCAAAGACAGAGGGUGAUGCCUGCAACACGAAGCACAGCCCAGCCCGUCCUUCCUUCCUGUCGCAAGAUUCACCCACAUUGUGACCUUGAUGAGAUAGGAGGAUUUACCCAAGUGGCAACCGAAGGCGCCAGGAAGGAUAACAUAAAUACGAGGCGGCAGCGGCACGGGGCAGUCUGCGGCGGAGAGGCCAGAGUGUGCGUGGCGGCUGGUCCCUGCACAAUGCGUUGCUUCGUGGUAUUGGCGGUUACGGCGGCGGUAGCGGCAUAUGGUCCGCCUCGUCCUUCCACUGGCGGGGGCAGCGGCUGCGGCAGCGGCUGUGGCUCCAUUGGCGGUGGAAGUCAGGUAGUGACCACCCACGUGUCCCCGUGCCCCGGUGGAAACUGCGGAGGAUCCUCCGGAUCUGGCGGGGCAGCGCCGUCCGGGGAUGGGGAUUACUGGUGGGCAGGAAAGGACAAUCCCUUUGCCAGUCCUGGGCGCCCUUCACACGUCAGCAUCGGCUGCAGCGGCCCCAGCUGUGGCUCAGGCUGUACAGGAAGUGGCUGCCCCUCGCAGGCCCAACCCUCGCCAGCAGGUCCCGCUCCUGCCCUCACUCCAGGCCCCCCUCCAGGCUCCGUCCAAAACCUGCUGAUGCCACCCAUGGGCAUCUGCUCCGCCAGCUACGUCUGCGUUAACUGGCAACUGUGUCGUGAGGGGUAUGUUAUCGACGAUGGCACGGGCGUCAUCGACAAGCAGCAGAAGAUUAUCCCGCACAGAGUGGCUUCCGCUUACACCAGCUGCGGCGGGGACAUGAUAUGCUGCGGCGUGCCCCAACACGGCACCGGCACCCUUAUCCAACCAGCCACGCCCGGAACAUCCCACUCCCCCAGUCGCGGUACGCCCGCACGUCCACACACGCCCAGCAGCCCGUCUACAUUCUCUGUUCCUGGCUCACCCUCAAGCCCACACAGUCCGUCAACAUCCUCUGGCCCGGGAAAGCCAGCAAGCCCACACACCCCAGGCAGCCAGUCGACGUUUACUCUUCCUGCCUCACCCUCACAGCCACACACGCCUGUCAGCCCAUCCUCUGGCCCGGGAAAACCAGCACGCCCACACACCCCAGGCAGCCAGUCGACGUUUACUCUUCCUGCCUUACCCUCACAGCCACACACGCCUGUCAGCCCAUCCUCUGGCCCGGGAAAACCAGCACGCCCACACACUCCAGGUAGCCAGUCGACGUUUACUCUUCCUGCCUCACCCUCACAGCCACACAAGCCCAUCAGCCAACCAAAGCCCUCUGUGCCUGAGACGGUAGUCAGUCCACCAAAAUUCUCUGGCCCUGGAACACCCGUACACUCAGGGUCUGGCCUCCUCCCUCGCCCACAAACACCCGCCAGCUCCGGGUCUGUCAGCCCACUGCAGCCCUCCCCGCAGCCAUCAGUCCCAGCCACAAGUUACGGGUUCCCAAGUCCUGGCGUGCAGCAGCCAGCCGGCCCCAGUCCUCUGCCCUCUACCGUGAACCAGGCCCGCCCUGUGCCGCCCAACCAGCCCUUGCAGCCCGUCAGCAGCCCUGUGGGUCUGGCCAGUCCCCCACAAGGCCAGGCGGGCGGCAUGGGCAUGAUGGGCAUGAUGGGAAUGAUGCCUCGCUCGGGAUCCUGCAGUGCCGGCACCUACUGUGUUCUGCAGGAGCAGUGUAACCCCUACACAGGCUUCAUCAUGCGCGGCAACACGGCGGUGAUGGCGGUGUGGCCUGAAUCCCCGACCGUGCCUUUCCUGCCUUGCUUCGUUCCUGACGGCUCCAUCUCUAACGGCGUGUGCUGCCAGGAGGCUCACCCCAACGCUGGUGGGGUGGACUAAACAUCGCCACCACCAUCAACAAAACCUGCAGCAUCGAAAAACGCCAAGCAUGUCUUUGCGUGCGUCAUCGUUCACUUCCACCACCACAAAAACGCUACCACUUCACACCACGCCACGUCAAGUACCAGCCAUACACCACACGACGCCACGUCAUGUUACAUACCAACACCACCAAACCACACCACACCAUUUGGCUGUAUGUUGCACCAUCACAUCACGAACACCACAUCACACCACUACACCAUCACAUUCUGAUAUCACAACACCACAGUACAUUGGCACAUACUAAACGAUCACACUAACAUCACUACAGCGCACCACACCACAUCACACCAUACCACUUGCACCACCACACCACACCACCAGAUUACACGACUACACGACUACACUAUAACACUAACACUACUGCAUUACACAAUAUGACUGCACGUUUACACCACCACCACCACCACCACAAAACUGACACUACCACACCUCACCACGAGACUGACAACCAAUCACUACACCAUACCACGUGACUGCACACUUGCACAACCAAGUAUCACCGACACCACAACACGCUAACACCAUCACAAUACUACAAGCUGACACCCUUAUAUUCCCACCACUGUACUGUUCAGACGUUCGAACACAUAACACGGCACUACAGCACAUUCUAAAUUUCACCUCGCUACACCACACCACACCGUUCACAACACAUACACUGUAAAACACCACACUAACCAACACAACACCAUUCGAGUGUCGGCACAUUCAUUACACCAUUUGCACCAUUAACAGCUUUCACGAACAUAUGGACAUGAGAAAGAUAAAACACACACACACACACACACACACAGGGCGCAUAGACGUGCUGAAGGAAGAAAAGUAGGAAUGAUCUCUGGUUCUCCAGCUUCUCUACGCUUCGUCCAGCCUCGUUUAGCAACCCGAUUGGAUUCUCAUGGACUUGUGUGACUUAAUAAAAAAAAAAAAGCAAUCAAGACUUAUAAAGCCACGGUCCACACAUCCAUUUCAAACGAUCCUCCAGGUCCUUCUUCACCCCCAUGCAUCCCUUCCUCUCCUACCCCAUCGCCUCUGUAGCUCGGCGUAAUAAAACGAAUGUAAGAGCUCGCAA